AUUUUAGUCAUAUAAGCGAUUAAGAUAAAUCCAAACACUUGAAGAUCAAAUGGAAGUCCAUGCCAAAAAAUAGUCAAAAACGAACUUAUCGGACCCUCUGACUCUAUUCUUGAGGUGAAUCGAAAACAAAGCAACAGUCUGGUUUUUGAAGGAAUCCAACUCAAGAAUCCAUACCCACUAGGUGAUCUUGUUGUCGACAUGAAUGGGAGGGACUUUCGCAUCAAAGAUCAAUUUGAAAAUGUCGUUAGGGUUGAAGAUGUUCAAAAGCAGUUGGUUCUGAGUUCCUCUGGGGAAGUCGCCAGAAAGAAGAUUUUGAUGAAUGGGCAUGGGUUUGGUUCCAUGAAUGCUCUGAGUAAUAUUGUGACCGAUUCAUUUGCGUUUGACAUUAGUGGCUCUGUAAUUGAUCAUAGAAUUUCACCAGAAGGCAAACAAGGGGUUGGCUUGAUUGGGCACAAAUGUCAUGCCACACGGUAUCUUUUUGCAAGCAAUUUACUUCCAGUCUGGAACUCUGAUGCACGUUUAAAGAAGAAUGCUGUGUUUAAGAUGUUCAAAUUUUCACCACUCCUAGCAUUGGUGUUAAAUCCAAUGGUUGCUACUAUUGCAGCCAUUUAUCGUCCUGGCAUGAUGACUUUGUCAAUAGGCACACAGGCUUUACGCAACCCUUUGCAAGCGGUGAUUUGGCUAAAGAGCCUACCUGAGAGGAUUCUGGCUUUCCAAAGAGCGUGA